AUGCCAGCAAUUAUGACAAUGUUAGCAGACCAUGCAGCUCGCCAGCUGCUUGAUUUCAGCCAAAAACUGGAUAUCAACCUUUUAGACAACGUGGUGAAUUGCUUAUACCACGGAGAAGGAGCCCAGCAAAGAAUGGCUCAAGAAGUACUGACACAUUUAAAGGAGCAUCCUGAUGCAUGGACAAGAGUCGACACAAUUUUGGAAUUUUCACAGAAUAUGAACACGAAAUAUUAUGGACUACAAAUUUUGGAAAAUGUGAUAAAAACAAGGUGGAAGAUUCUUCCAAGGAACCAAUGUGAAGGGAUAAAAAAAUAUGUUGUUGGCCUCAUUAUCAAGACAUCAUCUGACCCAACUUGUGUAGAGAAGGAAAAGGUAUAUAUCGGGAAAUUAAAUAUGAUUCUUGUUCAGAUACUGAAACAAGAAUGGCCAAAACAUUGGCCAACUUUUAUCAGUGACAUUGUUGGAGCAAGUAGGACCAGUGAAAGUCUCUGUCAGAAUAAUAUGGUGAUUCUGAAACUCUUGAGUGAAGAAGUAUUUGAUUUCUCUAGUGGACAGAUAACCCAAGUGAAAGCUAAGCAUUUAAAAGACAGCAUGUGCAAUGAAUUCUCACAAAUUUUUCAGCUUUGUCAGUUUGUGAUGGAAAAUUCCCAAAAUGCUCCACUUGUACAUGCAACUUUGGAAACGUUGCUCAGAUUUCUUAACUGGAUUCCGCUUGGAUAUAUUUUUGAGACCAAGUUAAUCAGCACGUUAAUUUAUAAGUUCCUGAAUGUUCCAAUGUUUCGAAAUGUCUCCCUGAAGUGCCUCACUGAGAUUGCUGGUGUGAGUGUAAGCCAGUAUGAGGAACAAUUUGUAACGCUAUUUACGCUGACAAUGAUGCAGCUAAAACAGAUGCUUCCUUUAAAUACCAAUAUUCGACUUGCAUACUCGAAUGGAAAGGAUGAUGAACAGAACUUUAUUCAAAAUCUCAGUUUGUUUCUCUGCACCUUUCUUAAAGAACAUGGUCAACUUAUAGAAAAAAGAUUAAAUCUCAGGGAAACACUCAUGGAGGCCCUUCAUUAUAUGUUGUUGGUAUCCGAAGUAGAGGAAACCGAAAUCUUUAAGAUUUGUCUUGAGUACUGGAAUCACCUGGCAGCUGAACUCUAUAGAGAGAGCCCAUUCUCAACAUCUGCCUCUCCAUUGCUAUCUGGAAGUCAGCAUUUUGAUGUUCCUCCCAGGAGGCAGCUGUAUUUGCCUGUGUUGUCCAAGGUCCGUUUACUGAUGGUUAGUCGAAUGGCUAAACCAGAGGAAGUAUUAGUUGUAGAAAAUGAUCAGGGAGAAGUUGUUAGAGAAUUCAUGAAGGAUACAGAUUCCAUAAAUUUGUAUAAGAAUAUGAGAGAAACAUUAGUUUAUCUUACUCACCUGGAUUAUGUAGAUACAGAAAGAAUAAUGACUGAGAAGCUUCACAAUCAAGUGAAUGGUACAGAGUGGUCAUGGAAAAAUUUGAAUACACUGUGUUGGGCAAUAGGCUCCAUUAGUGGAGCAAUGCAUGAAGAGGAUGAAAAACGAUUUCUUGUUACUGUUAUAAAGGAUCUACUAGGAUUAUGUGAACAGAAAAGAGGCAAAGAUAAUAAAGCUAUUAUUGCAUCAAAUAUCAUGUACAUAGUAGGUCAAUAUCCACGAUUUUUAAGAGCUCACUGGAAAUUCUUGAAGACUGUAGUUAACAAGCUCUUUGAAUUCAUGCAUGAGACCCAUGAUGGAGUCCAAGACAUGGCUUGUGAUACUUUCAUUAAAAUAGCUCAAAAGUGCCGCAGGCAUUUUGUUCAGGUUCAGGUUGGAGAAGUAAUGCCAUUUAUUGAUGAGAUUUUGAACAACAUUAACACUAUAAUUUGUGACCUUCAGCCUCAACAGGUCCAUACAUUUUAUGAAGCUGUGGGGUACAUGAUUGGUGCACAAACAGACCAAACAGUACAAGAACAUUUGAUAGAAAAAUACAUGCUACUUCCUAAUCAGGUUUGGGAUAGCAUAAUCCAGCAAGCAACCAAAAAUGUGGAUAUACUUAAAGAUCCUGAAACAGUCAAGCAACUUGGUAGCAUAUUGAAAACAAAUGUGAGAGCCUGCAAAGCGGUUGGACAUCCGUUUGUGAUUCAGCUUGGGAGAAUUUAUUUAGAUAUGCUUAAUGUAUACAAGUGCCUCAGUGAAAAUAUUUCUGCAGCUAUUCAAGCUAAUGGUGAGAUGGUUACAAAGCAACCAUUGAUUAGAAGUAUGCGAACAGUAAAAAGGGAAACUUUAAAGUUAAUAUCUGGUUGGGUGAGCCGGUCCAAUGAUCCACAGAUGGUAGCUGAAAAUUUUGUUCCUCCUCUGUUGGAUGCAGUUCUCAUUGAUUAUCAGAGAAAUGUCCCAGCUGCUAGAGAACCAGAAGUGCUUAGUACUAUGGCUAUUAUUGUCAACAAGUUAGGAGGACAUAUAACAGCUGAAAUACCUCAGAUAUUUGAUGCUGUUUUUGAAUGCACAUUGAAUAUGAUAAAUAAGGACUUUGAAGAAUAUCCUGAGCACAGAACGAACUUUUUCUUACUACUUCAGGCUGUCAAUUCUCAUUGUUUCCCAGCAUUCCUGGCUAUUCCACCUGCACAGUUUAAACUUGUUUUGGAUUCCAUUAUUUGGGCUUUCAAACAUACUAUGAGGAAUGUAGCAGAUACAGGCUUACAGAUACUUUUUACACUCUUACAAAACGUUGCACAAGAAGAAGCUGCAGCUCAGAGUUUCUAUCAGACUUAUUUUUGUGAUAUUCUUCAGCAUAUAUUUUCUGUCGUGACAGACACCUCACAUACUGCUGGUUUGACAAUGCAUGCAUCUAUCCUUGCAUAUAUGUUUAAUUUGGUUGAAGAAGGAAAAAUAAGUACACCAUUAAAUCCUGGAAAUCCAGUUAACAACCAAAUGUUUAUUCAGGAAUAUGUGGCUAAUCUUCUUAAGUCUGCAUUCCCUCAUCUUCAGGAUGCUCAAGUAAAGCUCUUUGUGACAGGACUUUUCAGCUUAAAUCAGGAUAUCCCUGCAUUCAAGGAACAUCUUAGGGAUUUCCUGGUACAGAUAAAGGAGUUUGCAGGUGAAGAUACAUCGGAUCUCUUUUUGGAAGAAAGAGAAACAGCCCUUCGACAGGCUCAGGAAGAGAAACAUAAACUUCAAAUGUCUGUCCCUGGCAUCCUUAAUCCACAUGAAAUUCCAGAAGAAAUGUGUGAUUAA